CCACCUCAAGUGGACAAGGCACUUACCAACAGGUAAGGGGGCAUUACAGGAGAAGAGCAUGUCUAACAUGGGAUUUUCUCUUCAUUUUGAGGUAGAUACAGGGUGAUUUUCUGAAUAAAAGAUCCCGGUAUUAAUGAAGCUUAAGCAAAACCAAAGCUGAUUUUGGGUAAUUUGGCCUCUGUCAUCCCCAAACCAAAAGAGAAAUAUCUGGGAGUGUAGCUAUCUCUACACCUUCCUGGUCACAGGAAUUUCAAGAGGAGAGGAUGUUAGAAAGAUAAUAGGGACUCUGCUCUCUUCUUCAAACCCUCUUCCCUGUGUUCUUCUACAAAGAUUGCUGAUUUGCUCCUUAAACAAGAGAUUCACUGCUGCUCAGCAUGGCUCAGACCAACUCACACUUCAUGCUGAUCUUCUGCCUGAUGUUUCUGUCUCUGAGCCAAGGAGACUCAGAGCUGCCUAAUCCCCGAAUCAGCUGCCCAGAAGGCACCAAUGCCUAUCGCUCCUACUGCUACUACUUUAAUGAAGACCCUGAGACCUGGGUUGAUGCAGAUCUCUACUGCCAGAACAUGAAUUCGGGCAACCUGGUGUCUGUGCUCACCCAGGCGGAGGGUGCCUUCGUGGCCUCACUGAUUAAGGAGAGUAGCACUGAUGACAGCAAUGUCUGGAUUGGCCUCCAUGACCCCAAAAAGAACCGCCGCUGGCACUGGAGCAGUGGGUCCCUGGUCUCCUACAAAUCCUGGGACAUUGGAGCCCCAAGCAGUGCUAAUGCUGGCUACUGUGCAAGCCUGACUUCAUGCUCAGGAUUCAAGAAAUGGAAGGAUGAAUCUUGUGAGAAGAAGUUCUCCUUUGUUUGCAAGUUCAAAAACUAGAGGCAG